GAUGCCAAGAUAGAGAACGAGAUUCGAGAGAGUAAUCGAGUUGAAUGUUUGAGUUGUAUAUCAUCUUCUCUAGCCCGUGUACGACGGCGAAGUGGUCACUGGCAUUGGCGCGUCCCUGGAAAAUUGUCAAGCUAGAUGAAACAUCACGCCUCUUCACUUUCAACCUCCAAUAUAUCCAACAUCCGACCUUUCACACCCAUCAAAACUCAACAUAUAAAUAGGAAAGAGAGAUUCAUUUUCGGAAUCAGCGUGGCGUCGAGUUUGAUCAAGGCGCAUCUUCCGCAGAGAGCACUCUUCAAAUUGUCCACCUGAAGGAUAUUUCAAGCUCCACCAAAAUUCUCACAUCCGAUAAGGUCCAGAUUCCUUCUUCAUAAGACCAAGGCCGAAACAAGGAUCAAGAACUUCAGUCCCUGCAAUACCAAGAAAAGGAAAGAAAGAGAGAAAAAUGCCCUUCUCCCACCACUCCCAUUCGGGCCAAUUCUGCGCCCACGCCACCCACACCCUCGAAGAGAUGAUCCUCUCCGCCAUCGACAAUUCCCUCACGACCUUCUGCCUGACCGAGCACAUGCCGCGGUCGAGCCGCGACCUCUACCCAGAGGAAGCCGCGUCGGGGGCCAGCGAGGCCAGCCUGACGCGGCUGUACGACGACUUCAUCCGGGAGGCGUCGCGACUGCGGCAGACCCACGGGUCGCGGAUCAACCUCUUCCUGGGCUUCGAAUGCGAGUGGAUAUCGGCGGGCGACUCGCUCGCGCGCGCGCAGCAGCUGCUGGAGCGCUACGGCGCCCGGUCGAACCCGGCCGCGCCCGGCCUCGACCUCUUCGUCGGCAGCGUGCACCACGUCCACGGCAUCCCGAUCGACUACGACCACGAGAUGUACGCGUCGGCGGUGGCGCGGAGCGGCGGGAGCGAGGAGAAGUUAUUCUGUGAUUACUUCGACGCCCAGGAGGCGAUGCUCGCGGCGCUGAAGCCGCCGGUCGUGGGGCACCUGGAUCUGAUCCGGUUGAAGAGCGCGGAGCCCGAUGGGAGUCUGCGGAGGUGGGAGAGCGUGUGGGGGAGGGUGAGGAGGAAUCUGGAGCUCGUCAGGAGCUAUGGCGGCGUUCUGGAGGUGAAUACGAGCGGGCUGAGGAAGGGACUCAAGGAGGCGUAUCCGAUGGGGGAGAUCUGCGAGGUGAGUCUAAUUUCUUUUUCAUUCUGGACGCGGUCUCUUUUAUCUUAUUUCCCAUGAGAGAAUGGCUGGGAGGAGGGAUCAAGGACAGGCAAUCGCUGACGGAAAAUCUCUCUUUCGAAAAACAGCUCUGGCUCUCCAUGGGCGGCGCUUUCACCCUCUCCGACGACAGCCAUAGCAUCACCCAGGUCGGCACGCAUUACAUCCAAGCGCUCGCGGACAUCGAGAGGUUCGGCAUCGAGAAAUUGGCCUGUCUGGCCGAGGUCUCCG